CAGAAUUUAUAGAUUUAAAUUUUUAUGAUAAUAAUGAAGUUAAAAAUAAUCUACUUUUAAAUAAUCAACAACAAUUAGAAACUGAAAAAUAUUCUAAUUCUAAUUUAAAUUUAGAACCACUUUUUGAUGAAGAAUUUUAA